UUUUCGUAGGUCCUAUUUCAGGCGACAAGGUGGUGCAACUGGUAGAGCUGCUGCCUCACAAUAGCCGUGUUCGCACAUUCUCCAAGAGAUUGCGCGGGUUUCAUUUGGGUUUCGUUCGGGUUUCGGCUUCUUCCCACAUCCAAAAGACGUGCGUGUUUUGUAAGAAGGGCCUGUCCCACUUGGGCGUCAUUUGUGCGUCAUUUACGUGACAUCAUUUACCCGUCACGAUGCACGUGAUGCGCGCAUGGUGCGCAUUAUGCGCGCAUGAUGCCUGGUGACGUAGGCACGUGACGCGCGGUCGCGCACGGCGCCCCAGGAUUUUGGUAUGUACGAAAUCUUCGCACGUCAUCUGCGUGACGCCCAAGAGGCCCUUUAUUUAGACGCUGUAAAUCGCCCCUGAUAUCUUGGGCAUGGAUGUGAAAGUGGGAUAACAUCGAAGUAUUGCGAAUGGUGAACAAGGUGGGCUAAGGGCCUGUUUCCGUGCUGCAUCUUCAAAACAAUUUUAAAAAUCCAGCAUUGUUUUUGGUUCAACUGAAGAUCAACGACCUCAAACAAAUGAAUAGGUCAGCACCAUAUCUGUCUCUUCGGCAUUAAGACUUCUUUACAGGAUAACAUGCUGGAUCCAAUGGUUGAGUAAAUCAGAUCUGCGGAACUUGGCCCGAAACUCUUCUCAGACUAAUGCAGAAACAGAUACAGUUGUCAGAGGAGCUCACAACGAAAUCACCAGCCCAGGACGGUAUAUUCAGGCCCAAUACCAGUCAGCAAUACAUUCACUUGUUCAUUUCCGAUGACCAAAGACAAGGUGGUAAAUUUUCCAAUGCAAUGCAGGAUUCAUCACAAAAUAAUGCCGAGAUCAGCAAGUUUAGAGGAUGGGAUUUAAUUUUUUAACACGUUUGAAUGGAUGGUGUUGCUUGAAAAAUAGCCUGUGAAUUGUGAAACGUGAGAAGAUGCUGAACAAAUGGGAGCCGGGGUCUCAGAUUGACUGGCGCAUGCACUCACCCCUCACACCGUUGGUGUACACUUUAAAUCGGGCUCUCGCGCCUCGCCGCCCAGCGCGAGACCCGCCCGUGUCGUGUUGGUGGAGUCUCGAGCAAAGAUACUCGAGGAGCUCCUCUAGUUUCGUUGGUCUCGAGCGCCGAGGCGGGCGGCUGGAGGUGACGGGCGCCAUGAAUUGGGUUGGAGGCGUCCGGAAUCGAAUUAAACUGAAGCAACAGAAGAGGCAGCAAAAGGAAUUUUUUGAGAAGAGGAAACUUAAAUCAAAAUGUAAACUAUUAGAGCCACCGGUAUCACCUCAACAAAACUCUUCCGUUAGCUGGGACCUCCUUACUCUACAUAUCGUUAACCGUAUAGCUGCAAAGAAGGAAUCUGUUGAUGCAUCAAACAAAGUCAUUCAAGUAAAUAUGAUGAAUGAUAGAAAAGUACCAAUUAGACGACAUAACAUUGAGCUGCCAAUGUCUCCUUGCUCUAUUCCCUCUCAAAUAUUCCUGGAAGAAAGUCAAUGCAGUACACAGAAAAACGAAUGGAACAGCAGAAAACAACUUACGAAUACAACAAACUUAAGAUAUGGAGAGCUUUCUCAUGGAGUGGAAUCAAAUUUGAUGCAAUAUAAUAUUCUGGACAAUUCAGGUCCUUUGACAAAUAAAUUAAAUGGAUUUCCUCAGACAAAUGCAUGGAUAUCUGAUAAAAAUGACCCUUUACAAAACAAUCUCCGCACAAAAAUCUCUACCAUGUGGGACCCGACUUGUGGCGAUCAAGAGCUUUUACAGAAACAUUUUAUUAGUGAUGGCACGUCCCCAAGAAUUGACAUCAUUGAACAUACUGCUCUUACCAACAAAGAAAAUUUGGUGACACAUCAUAACAGUUUACCCAGACACUCUAAUGCCAGGUUAUCGAGCGGUUCCUUGAUGGAGAACUCAAGUAUUCAUUUCAAUAAUGGUGAAAAAUAUAUUUCCUUUUCUGCACAAGAUGCAUUUCCCUUAUCGCAGAACGUCACAACACAACUUGUAACUGGUAGGGAGAGUUUUAUUUCUUAUGACAGUGAUUUCCCUCACACUCAGUGCUACAGCUUGGAAAGGCAUCAACCUGUAGCCAACUUUAAAAGUCAGGAGAAAUUUAUGCAUUGUCCUAUGGCACCAGUUGAAAGUGAUUUGAAUACAAAAGUUCCAUCUAACAGAAGUGACAUAUGUAGAAAUCUAGAUGUGAAUCAUAAAAUUUCUGUUGAAGAUACAAAAAAUAAAUGUAUUUUCAUACAACCAAAAUCCAACUUAUUUAAAGGAGCAAUUGAAAAAGAUUUUAGUGAAAAUCAUUUACUUGACAAGCAGUUUCUGGAAAACAGCUUUGAUGAAUCCAGCAUUCAGAAAAAUGUUGUCAUUGGUCCUGGGGAAGCUUCGAGAUGCCAAGAUUGCAAACGAAAAGUGUAUAAUGAUUCACUUGAAAGCAGUCAAUCGCCCAGCUAUUCUCCAAAAGAAACAGAGAAUUGCAGCGCAUUUUCUGAUAUAUCAGAAUUAGAUGCGCAAUUAGAUGCUUCAGUUGUAAACAACGGCCAAGUUCAGGAUAAGCAUCUUGGUGACAAGCCUGUUGGAGAAAACGUCCAAAGUGCACCAUUUCAUGAAAGCUCAAGGGGAACAAACAGUACAGGCCGAUAUUGUCCUUUUUCUAUUUACUCAGACGAGUCAAACCUGUUUAAUAUUGAACAGAAAGAAAAUCAUGAUCAGUUUGUACCAUCUUCAAUGUAUUGUAAAUCAGAGACUUAUGCUUUUGAGCAAAAUAUUAUAUGCACCAAGUCAUUUCAGGGUCAAGAUGCAUGGACACAGACUGAAUGUUCAUUGAUGCAUGUUGCUAUACAGUGCAACUUAUCAGAUGCCACAGAGAGUCUUGUUCUUCUUGGCAAGAACUAAGCAGUCUGGAAGAUAACCAAAACUAUUUUGUGCAUACCACUAGGGGCCAUUGCAGGCCAUCAAAUAUAUGUUUAUACUAUUUGGAUACACAAACAGAAGAAUAUUUGAAUAUUGGCUGUAGGCUGCCUUUGGAAGUAGUGGAUGAACCAAAAUGUCUUAAAGCCAAAAGUGAAGGAAAGAGAAAAAAUAGUGAAGAGCAAAAUUAGUGGUUAGCAAAAGACCAGUGGUUCUGUUUUAAUCCACAGUAGCUGUGACAACAGUGAAUUUCAAAUUCCAGAGUCUGAACAGGUAAAUCAAAUAUUUCAAAGUGAAAAUUAAGUCUGUAACUUAACUACCACUCAGAAUGUAAUAAAACAAAAGGAACCAACAGAUAAACUCAAUGACAUAUACGUGACCUAUCAAGACCUACAGGACUUUUUUUUUUAAUUCACUGUCCUCAAUAAUGCUUUGGCACAUGGCACUGAAGUCAAAGUGUUUUUCCUGAAACCUUUAGUUAUUAAUAUCCUUAUCUACUUGAUGCUACAUAUUAUGGAGAUAGUUAUAAUAGUUUAUCUUUCCAUUAGCUAUUUUGUUAUAAAUCCACUACCUUCCGUGGCAUUAAGUUAUAUGGACAAGAUUGAUCCCAGGUUUGGGAUUAAGUCUGAAGUGAAUUCUACCGAUAGUCAGAUGUUACAAUCAGUAUUGUAACAUCUCAAUUAAGUUCUUUCUUUUGAUAGUUUCGGUGACCCAUAUGUGGAAUUGUUUUUGCAUGAAUCAGAAGCAGAGGUCAUGCUGAAUCUGUGGAGAGGGACACAGUUAGUAUUUCAGGUCAAUUAAUCCACAUCUAAAUGAGAAAAGUAAGAGAACAACUGUUAAUCAAGUUGCAUAGGAGAGGUGGAAUGAUACACCUAUUAUGUCUAUAAUAGGCUGGGAACAUUGAUCCACCCUUCUUCCCCUGAAACAUAUCACAUUUGAGGCAAAGGGUCAAUAACCCAAAAUGUUGAAAGUUUCUCUCUCCAUAAUGUUGGACCCGCAGAAUAUUUCUGCAAUUAUUUUUGCAGAUUGAGCUGGUGCAGCCUUUUAUUUUUUACUUUUAUUGGAUACCAGCAAGAAAUAGGUGCAACAUUUUUGCUAGAAUCUGGAUUUAGUGCUGAAAACAGGUGCUUGGCAAAGGUGCUGAUGUCUAUUAAUGCAUCCUAAGCUUUUGAUUUCUAAAUUAAUGAGGGAAAUAAAAGAUAAACACAUCUGGUCUUCAUCACCCUUCUAUUAAGGCUUUUCACUUCUACUCAAUAGUAACCAUUUCCAUAACAGAUACAUCCAAUGUACAUUAACCACCUAUGUUCUUAAUUUCAUCAUUUCUGUUGGUGCCAAUUGUUUUUCUUUUGUACCAAUUCUCUUUACAAUAACUACCAUUAAACCUUCCGUCACACCUGCACUGCAUUUAUUAAUUCUUUUCACUAAUCCCACACUUCACUUUCACAAACACAACUGAUGAUCCAGUUUAUUCUCCGAAUAUUGCUCUCUCCUCUCCUGUUCAUACCGAGCACCUCUCACUGUGUGACGUGGAACUCGUUCCACACCAGCCUCACACUUCUGUUGCAGCUUUACUUUUACCCAUUUAGACACCAUUCAAUCUUUGAACUUUAAGCACAAUUUACAAAAGAGAAUUGGAAAAUUACUGCACACCGAGCUGGUACUAAUUUCUUAAACUCUAAGAUUGUAGGGAACAAUCGUGUGAACUGGAAAGUCUGUAGAGGAAAAAAGGAAAAUAAGGGAAAGUCUGCAGAAAGUUACUUCAACGAGAUUGUAAAGAUUUGGCAAUGUAUUUUUCAAAUUACAGACUUUGUAAUGUCAUGCUUGCAGGUGGGGAGCAAAAUGUUUACCAUUAGCUGUCAUGCAAAGUGUAUCAAUGGGUCUGCUCAUCUCUUUUACCAGAAGAGAAGUUUAACUUAUUGGACAAAUCAUAAAAGUGUGGAGAUUCUAACACUGAUGAAUCAGACACAUUUUGAAGGAAACAUAAAUCUACAUAAAAUUGCUGAUGUUUUAGUUACUUGGAAUACCCAUUGGUUGCACAACCCAAGUAUCGAUGCAAGGCUCAAUCGAGACCCGUUACAGAAAAAAGAUGGAUGAAAGAGAACAUUUACCAAGUGGUUUUGUUCAGGUUGGAGACUUGCAUGCAAUAAUAUGUGGUAAAUCUAUUGGUAAAUUGACCUUGCACAUAUUUUAAAGCCAAUUACAGAUCUCUUGGCCUUUUGAUUGAGAGGAGAUUUAAAAACAAACAAAAAAAAAAAUUCAUGGCAAAAUGUUUAAAUGCUCGAUUUAAAUUUUGGAGAGGAAAUGUUUAAUUGUAAAGAUAGCUAACAUUAAUAUAAAAUGUUACACUGGGGAAACUAAUAUUUAGUCUUAUUUG